CCCUUCCUCAUCAGUUAGCAGUUCUUGGACCUCUGGGUCCUUGGCUCUAGCCACCACCAAUGAGGCCCACACAGCAGGUGAAUCCACCUCAACAGCCACAUACACCACUGACACCCACUUGUCUGUAGGCACCAGUGGAUCAGUGGGCAUGGGGUCACACCUUUCUCCAACCACUUCCUUAGCAACGCUCCCAAGCAUCUUCCCAUCAACUUCAUCAUUGCCCAAUAGCAACACAACAUUCCCUGUGCACACAGCUUCCGCCACCACUCUGGGUGUGUCCACAGCUCUUGUCAACACUCUAAGUCCUCCAGCAAGUCCUUUGUCCACCUCUGGGUUUUCCUCUUUCACAAAUACCAGCAGCCUUUACACACAGCCCAUUUCUUCUGCCCCAGGCAAAACCAGAACACUCCACACCACAGCUGAGUCUCCCCCAACACCCACUCCCACCAGUGUGAUCACAGCAGCCACCCCCAUGGGACCACACGCAUCCAGUGCAGCUUCCACUGGCCCAGGCCAUGGGACUUUCCCCACCCCUCAGGCCACCUUCCUGGGAGAGACCACCCUGAUAACUGCCAGCGAGGACCCUGCAGUGUCUUUCAGUACAGAAACCACUUCCACUGCCCUGGUACCUCGCACAAGUCCCACGGCUGCCAACACAGCUGCCCGACCCACUGCUACAAUUAGCGAGUUUCUGACAUUCAUUCCGGGUGGGAUUCUGUCCAGCAGGGAGCCGGGCACCCCCAUGAGCACCUCUACCACUGUGCCUUUAUCUCCCUUGGGGACCACAGCCCCUACCAGUCACUCCCAGGCUACCCCUCCAGUCGGCACCACCCCUCCCAGUUUUCCCACCAUCUUUACCAUGGCCACUGCCUCUUCUCCCAGUUCCUUAGAGACCAGGUGGAUGCCCACGGCCAUGCCCCCUUGUUCUCUGGACACGAACACCCCUGAGAGGACUCUGACGACUGCCAUCCACUCUUCUGUAGGUGCCCCUGGUUCAGAUCUCCCCACCACACCCAUGGCACCCCAGACCUCAGCAAGCCUGACACACAUCAUGUUGUCCUUCCCAGCCCUGCCAGACUCGAGAACAUCACCCCCAGGGGGCCCCAAUUCCGUUUCCACUCCUGCCUGGCCCACAAGCCCUACAAAGUCUGACGCCAGCUCCCUUGCUACAGUGUUGGCACCCACAUCCCCUCCAGCAACCUUUGACAAUAAAACCUACAGACCCCCUGGGCCCACCCUGCUCAGCCCCUACUCCUUGCACACUGACACACCAGCGCUUCACUCUACAUCCAGCACAGUGACAUCCCUCAGCCCUGUCCCAGGCCCCCCUGUAACAGCACUCCCCACUCAGCAUACCUCGCUCACGGCCACGCCCACUGCCAGCACAGUAAGCAUGGGGCCGUCUUCCCUCUCACCGUUCCCUGCUCCCUCGUCUUCUGCAACCAGCUUGCCCCUGAGCACGCUGCUCACUGCAACGCCCACUUUUUCUGAAGCUCUCCUUCCUCCCACUGUACCCCAGCCAGAGAACACAGCCAUUACCACCCUGUCCCCCUCCCCAACCACCCUUUGGGUGGAGCGGGAGCCUAGUGCCCAGUCCACCCCCUUCUCAAUCCUCACCUCUAUGGCCAAAAUGGUCACCUCUCCCAGUUCCACCACUGUGACACCUGUCACUCCUACUCUGAUGGGCACUUCUGCCUCUGUAACCAUGGGACCACAGCCCAGCACCAUCACAAGUGAUGCACCCAGCUCUGAGGCCAUCCCUGCCAGCACUUGGUCACUCCCCAGCACAACAUGGAAGAGCCCUGAGCCUGCCACCACCCCCCGUGGGUCUGGCCUUCCCACAAAGCCCAGUGGCAGCCUUCCAGCCAUGACGAUGACCUCCAGCAAGGCGACACAGCCCACCCUGCUCCCUGCCAGGACGUCGGAGACACCGGCCACCCCUGCCUGGACUCCCUCCAGCCUCACGUCCCCCAGGACCACAUCCAGUGUGAUUCAGAGCAGCCCAGAGUCAAGGCUGACCACACUCCCAGGUACCUGUGACAACGGUGGCACCUGGGCCCAGGGCCAUUGCACGUGCCUCCCGGGCUUCUCCGGGGACCGCUGCCAGCUCCAGCAGUCCAGGUGCCAGCACGGGGGCACGUGGGACGGCCUCAGGUGCAUUUGCCCCAGCACCUUCUAUGGCUCCACCUGCCAGUUUCCUGUGGAGCAGGUGGAUGUGGACACGGUGGAGGCCGUGGUGGUCAUGGAGGUGUCUGUGGACCAGGAGUUCACCCAGGACCUGAAGGACAACAUGUCUAAGGCCUACAGGGAUUUCAGCCACGCCUUUCAGGAGCAGAUCCAGGAGAUUUACCGGGAAGUGCAGGAGUUCAAAGGGGUGCAGAUCCUGUCCCUCAGGAAUGGCAGCAUUGUGGUGGACUACCUGGUCCUUUUGGAGCUGCCCUUCAGUCUCCAGCUGGAGAACCAGUACAAGGAAGUUCAGAAUGCCCUGCAGGAGCAGCUGCAAAACGCCAGCCAGGGCCUGGACACUUGCCAUAGUGGCCAGACCUUGUGCUUUAAGCCUGACUCCGCCAAAGUGCACGCCAGCACCCCGAUGGAGCUGACCCCGGAAGCUCUCUGCCGCCGCGCCGCUGCGCAGGGCUACGAGGAGUUCUACUUUCCCGUGGUGGACCGGAACCGGCUGCGCUGCGUCACCAGAUGCACGGUGGGCGUGGACGGCGCCCUGGACUGUCACCAGGGCCUGUGCCUUCUGCAGAGGAACGGACCCACGUGCCGCUGCUUUUCCUCGGACACGCACUGGGUUUGGGGUCCACGCUGCGAGGCAGCCGUGCACUGGAGGGCUCUGGUCGGGUGCCUGGCGGGGGCCGCGCUGCUCCUGUUGCUGCUGCUGUUGCUGCUGGGCAUGCUGGUGGCGCACGCCCGACGGCGCAGGAGCUCACGCCAAGACAGGCAUUGGGACCAGGACAGGAAGUGGGGGGAGUCCUGGGACGAGGACAUCGUGGGGAUCUUCUGUAACAUGGGCCUGCAGGGUCCCCGAGCAGUGGAGGAAGAAAAUUGCUGUGUGGCUUUGGAGAUGGUGGAUCACAAUGUGAGAGUGAGGGGCUAAGCCUGCACACCCCUUCCUGUCCCCACACUCCUGGAGAGGAGGCAGGGUGGGCUGGGUCUGUGUGCACACCCUCACCGAGCUCUCCAUAGCAGGUGCACACAUCCAGAGACCUGAGGAGGCCAUGUCCUCCAUCCCACCCUCCUAGCUCCAGUGCAGUGGGAGGGAACCACCUGCACAGCCUCCGUGGCAAGAGACCACUCUGAGAUCUGAGUCGCCGGGGCUCCCUGUGUCCUCGACAACAUGACACUCUCUCCUCCACCCGCCUAGUCCCCCCAUCCUCCUCCUCCCCAUUUAGUUGGAACCCACCUGGAGUGGAGACCCAGGUCACAUCCAGGUUCUUCCGCUGUGAGACCUGGGGCAAGUUGCAGUCUCGGUUCCCCUCACCUGUGAAAUAAGUGUAACACUCUCCCCCAACCCCUUGUCCACACCCUGUGAAUGCCACCUCUGCUGAUCUGGUUCUGUGCCUCCAUCUGUCCUCAUGCGCUCACUGCCUCACUGCCAGUCCUGAUCCUCGUCUUCCUCGCUCUAGGUUUCUGGUUGCCCCUCACUGUCUGCUCCUG